GAGAAGUAUGAAAGCCAGCACUCGGAGGCGUACCGUCAGAUCUCUACUCUGGAAGAAGACCUGGCUGAGACCACGGCCAUCAGAGACCAGCUCCAUAAAUACAUCAGAGAGCUGGAGCAGGAGGACCAUGACCUGGGAGAUCCAAGAGAACUGGAGCAGGCUAACGAUGACCUGGAGAGAUCCAAGAGGGCGACCAUCAUGUCUCUGGAGGACUUUGAACAGAGGAUGAACCACGUGAUAGAGAGGAAUGCCUUCCUGGAGAGCGAGCUGGAUGAGAAGGAGGACCUACUGGAGUCUGUUCAGAGACUGAAGGAUGAAGCCAGAGAUCUAAGACAGGAGUUGGCUGUCCAACAGAAGCAGGAAAGACGUCCGUCCUUCGCUGUCACCAAAGAAUCUUCCUCAGACAAGACUGAGGACAAAACAUCCCUCUAUACCUCCCAUUCAUCAACACGACCGCCCUCAUCCCUCCAUACCCCUCCUCCUGCUCUCCCUCCAUCCCUCCUCUCCACGCCCUCCAGACCCCCCCACCCCUCAGCAAGCCCCUUCACCACCCCCCCACCAUCUUACAGCAGAGGCGAUGGCCUAUCGGGUGCUUCUCUAACCACGUCGACACGUAUCUCAGCUCUCAACAUCGUAGGAGAACUGUUGAGGAAAGUCGGGAACCUGGAGUCUAAACUAGCGUCCUGUAGGGAGUUUGUCUAUGAACAGUCUCCUGGUCGCAGUACCCUCUCUGGGGGACAGGGGGCGCCACCCAUCCAGAGAGGCACUUCUUCUGACACACCGUCCACCACCAACGGACUCUACGAGAAAGGAAUGGUGAAGAUGUUAGACUUCGGACCAGGACCCAAAAUUAUUCUGUGAACUCCGCCCUAGCCCCACACCUCAUCAACCCCUCCCUCCAUAUCUAUCAGGGUCGUGUUCACUAGACACCGAAUGGUGCUAAACUGGCUGAAACGUGGAAGGACUAACUGAACUUGUCCAACAAACUGUUC